AUGUUAACAUUCGUGGUAUUUGGCGAUCUCCCGGCGACGAACGAAACUUAUAGUGAUGGAAACACGACAAUAAUGUGGUGGGAAAAUAAAAAGAAGAUGCAAGUUAGUGGUAAUUCAAACAGUAUUAAUUAAUAAAGAAAAGCUCUGUGACAUUCUGUUGGGAAAUGUGUUUAUCGAAAAGCACAAGGCGGACCACAACGACGAAGGACGGUACGUUAAUGCUUGUCGGUGUGACUGUGGGGAUAUCAGAACUGAUAUUGAUGGCAUGAAAUUAGAUAUAGUAAUCAACGAGACGGGAUUAAGCCGCGAGAUCAAUCGAAAUGCAAAGACUAUUGGCGAACUACAAAAGCUAAAUUCAACCUGUCCGAGUAGUGCUGAUUUGGAAGAUAUUAAGCAUGCUAUUGCGACACUACAAUUAAUGCUCGAAGGUUUACAAAUGCCCGGCAACGAUGAUAUAUCAAACGUUGGGGAAACGUUCAGCGAUGGGGAACAACCGAUUUCAAAAAAAUCUAACAAUGAAAAGGAUGUGCAUAUCUCCCCAGAUUUGAAUUUCUACAAAAAUAAGGCUAGAAACUUGGAACAAAAAUAUUAUGAACUCAGGGCGACCUUUGGCACUAAAAUAUUUGAAUUGGAGGAAAGUACAAAUAUAAAUGCAAAUUUGGUUGAUCAAGCCAUUUUUGAUAAUAAUUUAAAUAAAGACAAACAACAUGAACACAAUGCCCAUUGUCCAGAUGCCUCAACAGAAACAAUAGAUGACCUUAAUUUCAAUAAUAGUGUAAUUAUUAUGAAUGACAUACCUUCCUCUGAAUCAAAUGACACCAGUAUAAUGGAAAUUAAUCAACCAUACGAAGAAUUAACUGCUGAUGCGUCAAUAGCGUCAUCAAUACAUCGUCUUAGCUAUAAUCAGCGUAAUUCUGUCCAGAGAAAUAACAAACCCUUACUACCCCUGGACAACCUAUAUCAACCCGCAUUACUCGGAGAACGCUGUCUAAGAAAUGUUAUAGAAAACGGCCUCGGAAAUAUAAUAGACAAAACUACAAUAGGGGAAACAAUAAUACGGCAACAUCACGUGAAAAGCGACAACUCGGUGAGGAUUUUCGGACCCAAACGAGAUGGAGAGAAAAAAUGA